UGUCUAACAGUCCCACCGCAGCCAGUUCUGGGCCCAGAUUAAAAGUCCCCAACUGUGACUUCAACUGAGGCUCUUUUCAGCGUUUAUAUAUGGGUCUUUGUGAACAAGACUCCGAACUAUUUCAGCGGAUAGAUCUGCUGAAAUUGCAAGACAUUCCAAAACACUACAACCAUGGAGCAACAGGACGUAUUAAUGUGGAAAUAGUACGACCACUGCUGCUAGAAACACUUCACCAGCUAAGGAGGGAAAUAAAAAACAAAACCCUGAAUCCUAACCUAAUGGCUCUUUACAAAAGCAUAUGUCGUGCCUCCACAUUGGAAGGGAAGCCCUCUUUAAAUGGACUAUGAUAAUUAGAGGUUAAAGGUCUUCAAUUUUAAUCAGGUACCAAAAAUGAUCCUUUUUCCAAGAAGACAGUGUCAGCAAACAUGCAAGCCAUAACAGUCUCCAGUGUGAUUUUGAAGCCAUAGAUAUUCCUUGUAUCUUAGUGUUUAGAGAUUUCAACGCUGGAGAUGAUUAACAGGUGAUAUGGAUAUUGGGGAUCAAAAGGGGGGGGCAGUCUGAAAUUGGUUCAUGCAUUCAUUCAGUACCUAUUAAACACCCAGUUUAUGAAAAACUCCAGUGCCCAACCAAGUGAUAUUUUCCUGCCUUCUCCAGAAAGGCCACUGAACAGUUUUUUUUUUCCAGGGUUCUGACCGACAUUGUGGCCAAGUGCCAUGAGGAGCAGCUGGACCACUCUGUCCAGUCGUACAUUAAGGAUGAAGAAAUGCUACCAUGUCACCUGUUACCAGUGGAAGGAAGGAGAAGGGGAAAUGUGUCCUAAGUAGUUCGUGUUCAAGACCACGGCAUGCAAGGAGAGAACAAUACAUGAGGAACUGGCUAAAAAUGUGACUGGUCUUUUGAAAUCAAAUGACUCAACAACAGUAAAGCAUGUCCUGAAGCACUCCUGGUUCUUCUUUGCAAUUAUCCUAAAAUCAAUGGCCCAGCACUUGAUUGACACAAAUAAAAUUCAGCUUUCUCGGGCUCAAAGAUUUCCUGAAUCUUACCAGAAUGAGUUGGACAAUCUUGUCAUGGUCCUAUGCGAUCACGUGACUUGGAAAUACAAGGAUGCCCUUGAAGAAACAAGAAGGGCAAAUCACAGCGUUGCCAGAUUUCUUAAGCGCUGUUUUACAUUUAUGGAUCGGGGCUUUGUAUUUAAGAUGGUUAACAAUUACAUCAGCAUGUUCUCCUCUGGUGAUCUCAAGACCUUAUGCCAAUAUAAAUUUGAUUUUCUUCAAGAAGUCUGUCAGCAUGAACACUUUAUUCCUUUGUGUCUCCCCAUAAGAUCAGCAAACAUUCCAGAUCCUUUGACACCUUCGGAAUCAACUCAAGAGUUACAUGCAUCAGAUAUGCCUGAAUAUUCGGUCACGAAUGAAUUUUGCCGCAAACACUUCUUAAUUGGAAUUCUACUCCGAGAAGUUGGCUUUGCCCUGCAAGAAGACCAAGACGUCAGGCACUUAGCUUUAGCUGUCCUAAAAAAUCUAAUGGCUAAGCAUUCAUUUGAUGAUCGAUACAGAGAACCAGAGAAGCAGGCCCAGAUAGCAAGUUUAUACAUGCCCCUCUACGGCAUGCUUCUGGACAACAUGCCAAGGAUUUACCUAAAGGACCUGUAUCCUUUUACUGUCAACACAUCUAAUCAGGGGUCUAGAGACGACCUCAGCACCAAUGGAGGAUUUCACACCCAGUCAGCUAUGAAACAUGCAAACUCUGUGGACACCUCAUUUUCUAAAGAUGUUUUAAAUUCCAUAGCAGUAAACCAUGCUGACUCCAGAGCCUCCUUAGCGAGUCUUGACUCCAACCCAAGCACCAAUGAGAAGAGCAGUGAGAAGACUGACAACUGUGAAAAGAUCCCUCGACCCUUGUCUUUGAUAGGGUCGACGCUUCGAUUUGACAAGUUAGAUCAAGCAGAAACCAGGAGUCUUCUCAUGUGCUUUCUUCACAUUAUGAAGACCAUUUCAGAGGAGAUGCUGAUUGCCUAUUGGCAAAGAGCACCCAGCCCGGAGGUGUCUGACUUCUUCAGCAUCUUGGAUGUUUGUCUUCAAAAUUUCAGAUACCUAGGGAAACGCAAUAUAAUAAGAAAAAUUGCCGCUGCAUUUAAAUUUGUGCAGUCCACCCAGAACAAUGGAACUCUCAAAGGAUCUAAUCCUUCCUGCCAAGCAUCAGGUCCCUUGUCACAAUGGAUGCAUACCACGUCCACUCAUGAAGGACAUAAGCAGCACAGAUCACAAACUUUACCUAUAAUUCGAGGCAAAAAUGCACUUUCAAACCCCAAACUCUUACAGAUGUUAGACAAUACCAUGUCCAGCAACUCCAAUGAAAUAGACAUUGUGCACCAUGUGGACACAGAGGCCAAUAUAGCUACAGAGGUUUGCCUGACUAUUCUAGACCUGCUAUCCCUCUUCACCCACAUUCACCAGAGACAGCUCCAACAAUCUGAAUGUCAAAAUUCAAUGAUGAAGAGGGUCUUUGACACCUACAUGCUCUUUUUCCAAGUCAACCAGUCAGCCACAGCGCUGAAGCAUGUGUUUGCCUCCUUGAGACUGUUUGUAUGCAAAUUUCCUUCAGCAUUCUUUCAGGGGCCGGCCGACCUGUGUGGAUCGUUCUGCUAUGAAGUCCUGAAAUGCUGUAACCACAGGUCACGGUCAACACAGACUGAAGCAUCAGCACUUCUGUACUUCUUCAUGAGGAAGAAUUUUGAAUUUAACAAGCAAAAGUCAAUUGUCCGGUCCCACUUACAACUCAUCAAGGCCGUAAGCCAGUUGAUAGCCGAUGCUGGGAUUGGAGGCUCUAGGUUUCAACAUUCCCUUGCAAUUACCAAUAAUUUUGCUAAUGGAGACAAGCAGAUGAAAAACAGCAACUUCCCAGCAGAGGUGAAAGAUCUGACGAAACGUAUAAGGACGGUUUUGAUGGCGACAGCUCAGAUGAAGGAGCAUGAGAAGGACCCUGAGAUGCUGGUGGAUCUCCAGUACAGCCUGGCAAACUCCUAUGCAAGCACCCCUGAGCUCCGGAGGACCUGGCUCGAAAGCAUGGCCAAGAUUCACGCGAGAAAUGGAGACUUAUCCGAGGCUGCUAUGUGCUACAUCCAUAUAGCUGCCCUCAUUGCGGAAUACCUGAAAAGGAAGGGUUACUGGAAAAUGGAAAAGAUUUGCACACCAUCUCUGCUCCCGGAGGAUAUCCACCCCUGUGAUAGCUACCCAUUACUAACAGCUCCUGGUGGAGGAAGCAUGUUCUCUAUGGGCUGGCCAGCUUUUCUGAGCAUUACACCAAAUAUUAAAGAAGAAGGAGCAAUGAAAGAAGAUUCAGGAAUGCAAGACACACCAUACAAUGAGAAUAUCCUGGUGGAGCAGCUCUACAUGUGUGUGGAGUUUCUUUGGAAGUCUGAGCGAUACGAACUCAUCGCUGAUGUCAACAAACCCAUCAUUGCUGUCUUCGAGAAGCAGAGAGACUUCAAAAAAUUAUCAGAUCUCUACUAUGACAUUCAUCGAUCAUAUCUAAAAGUUGCAGAGGUGGUCAACUCAGAGAAGCGGCUGUUUGGUCGCUACUAUCGUGUAGCAUUUUAUGGGCAGGGCUUUUUUGAAGAGGAGGAAGGUAAAGAGUAUAUUUAUAAAGAGCCUAAGCUGACAGGCCUCUCUGAGAUUUCCCAAAGACUACUCAAGCUCUAUGCAGAUAAAUUCGGAGCAGACAAUGUGAAGAUAAUCCAGGAUUCCAACAAGGUAAACCCCAAGGAUUUGGACCCCAAGUAUGCCUACAUCCAGGUGACCUAUGUCACGCCGUUCUUUGAGGAAAAGGAAAUCGAGGACCGGAAGACGGAUUUCGAAAUGCACCACAACAUCAACCGCUUCGUCUUCGAGACGCCCUUCACACUGUCGGGCAAGAAGCACGGCGGGGUGGAGGAGCAAUGCAAGCGGCGCACGGUCCUGACCACGAGUCACUUGUUCCCAUAUGUGAAGAAGAGAAUACAAGUCAUAAGCCAGUCGAGCACAGAACUGAAUCCUAUCGAAGUGGCGAUUGAUGAGAUGUCCAAGAAAGUUUCUGAGCUUAACCAGCUUUGCACGAUGGACGAGGUGGACAUGAUCAGACUGCAGCUCAAAGUCCAAGGAAGUGUCAGCGUGAAGGUUAAUGCUGGGCCAAUGGCCUACGCACGAGCUUUUCUUGAAGAAACCAAUGCAAAGAGGUACCCUGACAACCAAGUAAAACUUUUGAAGGAAAUCUUCAGGCAGUUUGCAGAUGCGUGUGGGCAGGCCCUUGAUGUGAACGAGCGGCUCAUCAAGGAGGAUCAGCUGGAGUACCAGGAAGAACUGAGGUCCCAUUAUAAGGACAUGCUCAGUGAACUCUCCACAAUCAUGAAUGAGCAGAUUACGUACAGGGACGACCUGUCAAAGCGCGGAGCGGAACGAACCUGCCCUCCAGUCAUUAGCAGGGUGGCUCCGGCUCUGCCCACCGUCUCCAUCUCAGCCAGUGAGGAAGUUUGAGGGGGGGUCUGCUGCAUCAGACACACCUCGAAGGGAACCUUCUGAAUUUGCCGCUCAACUCGGGGAAGAGAAAGAUUUAAUUUAUUUGAAGUUUUUAUAGUGUUAAUAAUUUUUUACCUCGCCAGCUUGAGAAUUUUGCCAGCCUCCAGUUUUGCACAUUUCUUAUGAUUUUUUUUUCUUGAGCAACGUUGAUCAAGCCAAGCUGAAUAUUUGCCAUGAAACUCCAAUGAAUGUGUAGCUCAAAAGCAAACCCUAAGUUUGCUGUCAGUUACAAUAUGUUCAAUGCCAAGUCCUAGUACACAUUUUAAAGGUCAAAGUGAAUGUUUUUGUAACAUUUAAGCACAUUUCAAAUGUAAAUAGAAGAUUGUAAAAUAUAUGGUUUUUACCAAAUUUAAAAGAACCUUUUUAGUUAAUACUUAUGACAGUGCUAAAAUUGUAUGAAUAACAUUUCAGAUACCAUUAUAUUAAAAUAUUUGUGUAUGUGUACAAAAGUGUUGAUAAAUACUAAUCUUUAAAGUUUGUGGAGUUUCUUUAUUUGUAAUAUAUGUGCUCUUAAAAGCAAAAGUGAAAUUAUGUAAGUAUUUUGUUGUUAAUAGAAAUAAAAAAUACAGUUACUUUGCA